CUUGUUGAGUUCUUUGGCACAUUGUCAAGAGAGUGGGCUUUGGAAUGCAUGAAAGACCUUCUACUGGUUAAUCUGAGGGGAAAUCUUCAGAUUGUUGUGCAGGCCGCGAAAGAAUACUCUGAGCAGCUAGGGGUUGAUGCUUGCAUCAAAUUAUUUGAGCAAUUCAAAUCUUAUGAGGGCCUUUACUUUUUCUUGGGAUCCUAUCUGAGCUCCAGCGAGGACCCAGAUAUCCAUUUCAAGUAUGGAUUUGCUAGGAGUUUUUCCAACUGGCCUUGCAACUUCAACACCUGAGACAAAUACAUCUCA